AUGACUAAACAUAAUCUUUGGUGGAACAUUGCACUUCAAGAACAAAAUGGCAAUAUUUUAUCUUCAUAUACAUUUUUUAAUUCUGGAAAUCAAUAUGAAUUUAAUGAAGAUUCAUCACAAUAUUGUCAAUCAACAUUAAAAAGUUUAACAAUUGGACAAAAACAAAUAUGUUUAUUACAUGCAGAUCACAUGCCAAUUGUUAUUCAAGGGGCAAGUAAAAGUAUUGAAGAAUGUCAAUAUCAAUUUCAAGAUCGUCAUUGGAAUUGUUCAACAGUAAAGGAUGAUACUGUGUUUGGACCUCUUCUCGAUCAUGCUAAUCGAGAAACAGCUGUGGCUCAUGCAAUAUUUUCAGCAGGUAUAACAUAUGCUGUUAGUCGAGCAUGUAAACAAGGUUUAUUAAAAUCAUGCACAUGUAGUCGAACUGCUAGACCAAAAAAUUUACCACGAGAUUGGUCAUGGGGAGGUUGUGGUGAUAAUAUCGAUUAUGGUUAUCGAUUUGGUCGAGAUUUUGUUGAUACACCUGAAAAAGAAAUUAAUUCUUUAGUUCGAUAUAAUACAUUUAUGAAUAGCAAUCAAACAAUGAUACAAGGAGGACGAAAACGGAAAUUUUUCAGACCUGGACGUAUAAGACGUCAAAUAAAUAUACAUAAUAAUGAAGUUGGACGAAGAGCUGUUUAUCGAUUAACACGAAUUGUUUGUAAAUGUCAUGGAGUUAGUGGUUCUUGCAGUCUUCGAACAUGUUAUCAACAAUUACCAACAUUUCGUGAAGUUGGUACAUAUUUAAAAGAAAAAUAUGAUAGUGCUAUUGAAGUACGUUAUCAACGUCGUUUAGGAGAAUUACGUUCACGUGAUCGUCGUUUUGUUGGACCAACUAAAGAUGAUUUAAUCUAUUUUGAAGAAUCAAAUUUUUGUGAAUAUAAUCCACAUAUUGGUUCAUUAGGUACAAAAGAUCGUCAAUGUAAUCGAACAAGUCAUGGAUCUGAUGGUUGUGCAACAAUGUGCUGUGGACGAGGAUAUAAUACAAUAAGAAAAUAUAUUCAAGAAAAAUGUAAUUGUAAAUUUAUAUGGUGUUGUUCUGUACAAUGUGAAACAUGUCAUCGAUUUGUAGAAAUUUAUGCGAGUUUCACCCAUUAUCAGAUUGUAUUGUGUUGA